UCUUAUUUGGAAAAAAUGCUAUUUUAGCUAAUUUCGCUAAACAUAAUUUAAUUUUACAUUUUCACAUGUUUUAACUCGCAAUCUUCGUUGGCCAUAACGGUUUUCAAGGCGGAAAAAAGGUUUUCUUUCAUCGUUUUUCUUUCCAUGUGCUUUCUAGUUUCUGGGUCUCUCUCCCCUGUUUCUCUCCGGCUUGAGAGUUUGUCGAGGGCUUCUCCUCGUCGAUCCUUUGAGUUGUUUUGCUGCGCCCUGAUUGUGUUUGGCGAAAUGCCCUGAAGAGAUGAUGUUCCCUGGAACACGAUGAUAUGGAGCUUCACUAAGUUCUCUGUUUCUUUCGGAAACACCCACCGGGAAAAAAAUGGCAUCUGUCGCUGGUCGUUUUCUUCGACGCAACACAACCCACAAACCCCUGAUCGCGACCCCACCCAGACCUGCCCAGUCCCUGACCCACCAAAUCCUUGUCCAUCUUCAGUCCGAUUGUCUCUCGAAAGCCGUCUCGGUCCUCUUCGCUUCUCUCGAACCUGUAGACUACUCGCUCUACGAGCGCCUUUUCCGUCUCUGUUCUGAAAAAUCCGCUAUUGUUGAAGCUCGUAAGGUGGAGUCGCACUUGGUGACUUUCUCUCCGUUUCCUCCGGUUUUCCUCUUGAACAGAGCCAUCGAGACUUAUGGGAAGUGUGGAAACGUGGAUGAUGCCCGAGAACUGUUUGAGCAAAUGCCUGAACGAGAUGGUGGGUCUUGGAACGCUGUGAUUACUGCUUGUGCGCAAAAUGGAGUUUCGGAUGAGGUGUUUCGUAUGUUUCGCAGGAUGAAUAGAGAAGGUAUUCGGGCAAAGGAGAAUACCUUUGCAAGUGUUUUGAGGUCAUGUGGUUUGAUUUUGGAUCUGGGUGUCUUGAUGCAGCUACAUGGGGCUGUUAUAAAGAAUGGAUUUUCCGAGAAUGUGAUUUUGAAAACUGCAAUUGUUGAUAUUUAUGGGAAGUGCAAAGUUAUGGGCGAUGCGAGAAGAGUUUUCGAUGAGAUUAAAAGUCCAAGUGAUGUUUCAUGGAAUGUGAUUGUACGACGGUAUCUCGAGAUAGGUUCUUCCAAGGAGACGUUGAGAAUCUUCUUCGAAAUGUUAAAGUUGAAUGUCAGACCUUUGAAUCACACGGUUUCUAAUGCAAUUGUAGCUUGUUCGAGAUCCUUGGCCCUUGAUGUCGGAACAGAGAUCCACGCUCUUGCUAUCAAAAUCAAUUUUGAAGCAGACGGGAUUGUGUCUACCUCUUUGUUUGAUAUGUAUGCGAAAUGUGGAAAAUUGGAGUGUGCUCGUAGGGUAUUUGACCAGACUCAAUCGAAAGAUUUGAUAUCUUGGACUUGUUUGAUGUCAGGGUAUGCAAUGAGUGGCAAAAUUCGAGAGGCAAGGCAGCUCUUUGAUGAAAUGCCCGACCGGAAUGUAGUCUCAUGGAACGCAAUGCUCGGUGGAUAUGUGCGUGCUGGUGAAUGGGACGAGGCACUUGAUUUUCUCUAUUUGAUGCGGAAAGAAACCGACAACAUUGGUGAUGAUGUCACAGUCGGGCUUUUUCUAAACGUCUGUUCAGGUCUUUCAGAUGUUGAAAUGGGAAAACAACUACAUGGUUUUAUCUACCGACGUGGUUUUGAUUCCAAUAUAUUCGUAGGCAAUGCUCUUCUCAAUAUGUACGGGAAUUGCGGAGCCUUGCCAAGUGCCAACAUAUGGUUCCACCAAAUGAGCGGAUCAAGGGACGGGAUCUCUUGGAAUGCUCUAUUGACUAGCUAUGCUCGACUUGGUCGGAGUGAGCAAGCCAUAUCUUUCUUUGAAGGGAUGCUAAUGGAGGCAAAACCAAGCAAGUUUACAUUCGCAACACUCCUAGCCGGGUGUGCAAACAUUUCAGCUCCGAAACUAGGUAAAGGAAUACACGGGUUCUUGAUUAGGAACGGAUACGAUAUAGACACUGUGAUAACCGGGGCUAUGGUUGACAUGUACUCCAAAUGCCGAUGCCUCGACUAUGCCCUCCGGGUAUUCAAAGAGGCAAAUUUCCGGGAUUUGGUUCUAUGGAAUACUAUGAUCCUUGGAUGUAUUCAUAAUGGCGGAAGCAGAGAGGUGUUUGAGAUGAUCAUGAUGAUGGAAGAUGAAGGGAUCAAGCCAGACAAUGUGACCUUUCAAGGUGUAUUGCGAGCAUGCAUACACGAGGGCCAUGUAGAAAUGGGCCGACACUAUUUCAAUUCGAUGAGCUCAAGAUAUCUUGUAAUACCUCAGGUGGAGCAUUACCAUUACAUGACUGAGCUCUACUGUAAGUAUGGAUGCAUGGAUGAGCUUGAGGAUUUUCUUAGGAUGAUGCCGUUCGAUCCGACCUUACAAAUGUUGGAAAAGAUUUUCGAUGCUUCCCGAGAACACGGGUUUUCUAGAUUAAGAGAAUGGGCUUCGGAACGACUAAGGAAUCAUCGCAUUCGGCCACCUGAAGAUACUGAACCUGGAAAAAGACCUGAUGACAAAGUUACUGGUGCUGCUGGAGACAGCAUGACAGAUAACUGUAAUACUACUAAGGAGGAGACAGUCCAAACUGGUGAUCGUAGCGAAAAGGAAUCUGCUGAUGAUCAGACCAAGAAUGAGGAAUAGGAAGAGAAUGGGAGUGAAAAUGUGGAGAAGAAUGGAGAUGGUGGUGCUUUGAACUCAUUUCAACUUCAUUCAACUACCAAAAAUGCAUUCACUGGACUUGCUGGCACGGGUUUCUCUAGUUCUUCAUUCUCAUUCGGAUUGGUGUCUCAGGAGGGUUCUACUGGUUCUGGAUCUAUCUUUGGACAGCAGGCUGGCCAUCCAUCUUUUAGUUUUGGCUUCUCAAACAAUGGUAACACUCCCGUUUUUGCUGCCUCUGGUACUUCCAUUAUUGCCAAGAGUGAAAGUAGUGCCUUCCCAUUAAAGGAAGAGGUUUCUGUGGAGACAGGAGAAGAGAACGAGAGUGUGGCAUUCUCAGCCGAAUCUGUACUUUUUGAAUAUCUUGAUGGAACAUGGAAAGAACGAGGGAAGGGAGAAGUCAAGAUCAACGUCUCCACUAGCAGUGGUAAUGGAAAAGGGCAAAGGGCAAACUACAGGUUGAUCCUAAACGCAGGUCUCUUCCCGGAGAUGAAACUCACUAAAAUGGACAAGAAAGGAAUCACAUUUGCAUGCGUGAAUAGUAUGGGCGAAGGCAAAGAAGGCAGUCUAUCCACAUUCGCUCUGAAAUUUAAGGAUCCUGUUUUCUUGGACGAUUUCCGGGCUGUUGUCAUGCAAUAUAAGGACUGUAGAACAGUGGAGACGGCUCAUCUGAAGACGCCCGAGAAUUCCCCGAGGGCUCAGGAGGAUGCUUGAGAGAAGGUAAACACACUCGUGGAGUCACUCAGUUUGUCUGUUCUGUUGUUUCAAAGUUAAAUUUUUGCAAUGGAAUUUGAGGGUAGAAAGAAUAUAGAGAUGGAGAGAAGAUAGGCCUGUUCUACAGAGCUGUCUCUCUUUCAUCUAUAGCGCAAACAUAAAUGGGGAACACUCAACAUUCUGAGUACAUAUUUCAGUUUUUCAAAACAUGGAGUUGACCCUUUUCUUUGCCA